AUGCUUAGAAUCGGCUACUCCAAGCCCAGGUCCUGGGGCAGCUUCUGGGCCAUCCUGACCUUGGUGGGCCUGGUCACUCGUGCAGCCCAGAGAGCCGAUGUCGGCGGGGAGGCAGCGGGCACCUCCAUCAACCACUCCCAGGUGCUGCUCCAACGCUUGCAGGAGCUGCUGCGUCAGGGCAAUGCCAGCGACGUGGUUCUGCGGGUGCAGGCUGCGGGCACCGAUGAGGUCCGGGUCUUCCAUGCCCACCGACUGCUGCUGGGACUGCACAGUGAGCUGUUCAGGGAGCUGCUGAGUAACCAGAGCGAGGUGGUGCUGCAGGAGCCCCGGGACUGCGCCGCCGUCUUCGACAAGUUCAUCAGGUACCUGUACUGCGGGGAGCUGACCGUGCUGCUGGCCCAGGCCAUCCCCCUGCACAGACUGGCCACCAAGUACGGCGUGGCCUCCCUGCAGCGCGGCGUGGCCGACUACAUGCGCGCGCACCUGGCGGGAGGCGCGGGCCCGGCAGUGGGCUGGUACCACUACGCCGUGAGCACCGGGGACGAGGCCCUUCGCGAAAGCUGCCUGCAGUUCCUGGCCUGGAACCUGUCUGCCGUGGCGGCCAGCGCCGAGUGGGGCGCCGUGAGCCCCGAGCUGCUGGCGCAGCUGCUGCAGCGCUCGGACCUGGUGCUGCAGGACGAGCUGGAGCUGUUCCAUGCGCUGGAGGCCUGGCUGGGCCGCGCGCGGCCGCCCCCCGCCGUGGCCGAGCGCGCGCUGCGCGCCAUCCGCUACCCGAUGAUCCCGCCGGCCCAGCUGUUCCAGCUGCAGGCGCGCUCGGCCGCCCUGGCGCGCCACGGCCCGGCGGUGGCUGACCUGCUGCUGCAGGCCUACCAGUUCCACGCCGCCUCGCCGCUGCACUACGCCAAGUUCUUCGACGUCAACGGCAGCGCCUUCCUGCCCCGCAACUACCUCGCGCCCGCCUGGGGCGCCCCGUGGGUCAUCAACAACCCGGCCCGCGACGACCGCAGCACCAGCUUCCAGACGCAGCUGGGCCCGAGCGGCCACGAUGCGGGCCGCCGAGUCACGUGGAACGUGCUCUUCUCGCCACGCUGGCUGCCUGUCAGCCUGCGCCCCGUCUACGCGGACGCCGCGGGCACCGCGCUGCCCGCCGCGCGCCCCGAGGACGGCCGGCCGCGGCUCGUGGUCACGCCGGCUAGCAGCGGCGGCGACGCGGCGGGUGUGAGCUUCCAGAAGACCGUGCUGGUGGGCGCGCGCCAGCAGGGCCGCCUGCUCGUCCGCCACGCCUACAGCUUCCACCAGAGCAGCGAGGAGGCCGGCGACUUCUUGGUGCACGCCGACCUGCAGCGGCGCAACUCCGAGUACCUGGUGGAGAACGCCCUGCACCUGCACCUCAUCGUCAAGCCCGUCUACCACACCCUCAUCCGGACCCCCAAGUAGCCUCCAAAUUGGGAAAUAAAGGCCUGGACGGCCCCAGGGACCUGGGAAGGGCGAAGUAGAGGUGGCUACAAGCUGGCCCCCGGCUGG